AUGUUCUACUCACUCGCUGUGUCGACGUUGUUUCUGGCUCGACUCAUUUCGGCCGACUUUAUCAUCGCCAACACGACUUCGUGCUAUGGCGACUUCUUCCUUGGCUCCUGCAGUGACAAUGUCCAGGUCAUCAGCAACGGAGUCUCUUACGAGGAGGAUUUUACUUGUCACAAACUCUACAAGGCCCAGACGUCACGAUACGUGGAGACCAACACUGCUGGUGCUUAUGCGGAUUCUUUCACCAGCACAAGCGAUGUGUGCGGCGCUGGACGACUUUAUUUCGAGAGAAACUACACCUCUGAUGCGGUCAACGGGACCUUCAACAUAUACAAGGGCACCGACUCUUCUGGAGACAGCGUGGGCACAUGCGAGUACACCGGGACAAAUGUGACGGAAAGCAAGCGACGAUGCAGUCAGCUCUUUGGCACAAUCUUCUACGAAGGAGCGUACCGAUGCAAUACGACGGUCUGUGGAUACGUUGCGGCCGACUACACUUCUUCUAGCACGGAUUCCAGCUCGACGGCUACUUCAACCUCGACGAAUUCGACUUCUACCACCACGGGCACUGCAUCGACGACGACAGAUUCGACCUCGUCUGCCACUACAACGACGGACUCUUCGAGUUCCGCAACGACUACCGCUUCUACUUCCUCAGGUAG